UCCUCAACGAUCCCAUUUCCGAUCUCUCCCUACAUAACUCUUUCCUCUCUCUAUCUCUCUCGUUUCACAGUUCCCUUUAAAUAAAUCUCAUCCUUUCCUAUUUCUUUCAACCAAAUCCAAUUUUCCUCUCCUCAGUCCUCCCUCCUAGAAGGAAAAAAAAAUUUAAUUUUGAUUUUUUAAAAAAAUUUUUGUGUGGCGUUUUUCUUUGAAUUUUCUGGAAUUUCUCCUGUAGCAGCAUGGCUACUGAAGAGCCCAAAAGUAAUAAUGAAAAUAUUUGCUCAGCCCCAGUUCCUCCUCCUCCAGCUUCAGCCCCAGCCCCAGCUCCAGCUCUCCCUCCUUACCCUGAGAUGAUCUUAUCAGCAAUCGAAGCAUUGAACGACAAGAACGGCUCCAACAAAUCCACAAUCUCAAAGCACAUCGAAUCCACCUAUGGAAACCUCCCCCCUGCUCACUCCACGUUGCUGACCCACCAUCUCAAUAGAAUGAAGGCCACCGGCCAGCUCGCCAUGCUCAAAAACAACUACCUCAAGCCCGACCCGAAUGCCCCUCCCCGCCGUGGCCGAGGCCGUCCACCCAAGCCCAAGCCAGCUCUCCCACCCGGCUACGUCCCACCUCCUCCCCGCCCCCGCGGCCGCCCGCCCAAGGUCACGGAUCCCCUCGCACCUCCGGCUCCGCCGAAGAAGAAAACCGCUCCGAGCUCGACGGGGUCCGGGAGGAAGCGCGGACGGCCCCCCAAGGCGGCAAAGACUGGAGCUGGGCCUGUUUCGACGUCCACCGGAGCUCCGAGUGGGGCUCCCAGGGGUAGAGGAAGGCCGCCGAAAGUGAAACCUGCUGCGACCGCUACCGUAGGGGCUUGAUUGAAAGGCGAAGUAGUUUUUAGGGGUCGUAGUGCUAAUUGUCGGGUUAAAUUUUAAUUUUUUUUUGAGUUUUCCUUUUUUUAAUUUUUUAGUCCUUGUAGUUUGGGUUAAUUUAAUUUAGGCCGUGUUUUCUGGUUGGAUGGGGGCCGAGACAGGAGGGGUGCCCUUUAGGGGGUGUUGUUGUGACUUUGUGACGAUGUAAUUGGGCCGAUGUAUGUAAAUUUAAUUAAUGGAGCGGCAGUUGAGGGAGGCUUCUUUAGCCUCUUUUAUUUUAAA